CGACAAACAAUUUUGUUGUCGAUCUAUUUAUAUCCGAGAUUGAAAAUCGCCCUGCUAUUCGGGAUAUGAGAAAAGACAAAGGCUUGGUAAGAAAUGUGUCUAAAAUUUGUUCCAGACUUUGAUAAAAAGGAAACAAAAGAAAAAAAUAAUGCAGCGGAAACGAGGCCUGAAACUCAAAACACUGAGCAUGAACAAAAUCUGCCAUCGACAGUUGAAGCUCCUACACAAGCAAGCAGUAGGAAAGGCUCUAAACGAACAUUAGACGUAGAGAAGACAGAACUUGAAAUACUAAAGAAUAUCAUUGAAAAGUGUCAACAAGAUGAUAUUGAUGCCGAUCGCAGCUUUUUAUUAUCUCUUUUGCCAGAUCUUAAAAGAAUUUCCGAAGAUCACAAAUUGGAUCUAAAGACAGACAUGUCAUUCGUUGUGAAAAAAUAUAAAAACCAACAAAAUCGUUAUCAGAAUCAGGCUCAACAAUAUGGGUAUUACACACAGACUCCACAACCUAUCCCAUCUCAGGCAUUUCCAUGUGAAUAUACCAAUUUAGAAUCAGUGUCUGUUUCUGGACAUUUACGUGAGUACAACACUGAGAGAGAUUAUUUUGCAGCUGGUCCUUCACAUGAAAUCAAUGCAACGAUUCCAACCCCGACUCCAUCUCCUACACUUUCUACAUCUCAUUCACUUUCUGAUACUUCUGUUAUUGAAGAUAUGUUUUAUGGCAAUUAA